UCCUCGCCCGAAGGAGGCCGUUCACCCCGCCAGCUGUCUUCACACCUUUAAUACUCCUCGGUGUGCCUCUGGCAUUCUCAGGAGCUCUUCAAUCCCAUAAACAAGAGCACCAAGGCUACUUCCUAAGACCUCCAAGGAGGCGUGGCUUCGGAACCGGAAGAACGUCCGGUUGCCAAGGGAACGCCACGCGCCUAGGCGCCUGCCCAGCCACUGAUGCUCCGGCUGAGGCACAGGCAACCAGUUCACCCAACUUGUAGAAGCGGCUUUGCUCAGGAGCCGGGAUUCCUACAAUGGAGGCAUAGAGACUAAGGCUGAGAGACGCCCGAUAUUUAUUCCAGAGACGUAUACGAGCGAGGGAGUGGUUCAUUCCUGUUCCUCUUCAGCCCCUGGGCCCGCAGGACUAACUUCAAAGACCAGCUGGUUUGUAAAUAUUUGAAUCACAUUAUGGGAUUGCUAGACAGACUUUCAGGCUUGCUUGGCCUAAAGAAGAAGGAGGUUCAUGUUUUGUGCCUUGGUCUGGAUAAUAGUGGCAAAACAACAAUCAUUAACAAACUUAAACCUUCAAAUGCUCAAUCACAAGAUAUAGUUCCAACCAUAGGAUUCAGCAUAGAGAAAUUCAAAUCAUCCAGUUUGUCUUUUACAGUGUUUGACAUGUCAGGUCAAGGAAGAUACAGAAAUCUCUGGGAACACUAUUAUAAAGAAGGACAAGCCAUUAUUUUUGUCAUUGAUAGUAGUGAUAGAUUGAGAAUGGUUGUGGCCAAAGAAGAACUUGAUACUCUGCUGAACCAUCCAGAUAUUAAGCACCGCCGAAUACCAAUCUUAUUCUUUGCAAACAAAAUGGAUCUUAGAGAUGCAGUGACAUCUGUAAAAGUGUCUCAGCUGCUGUGUUUAGAGAACAUCAAAGAUAAACCAUGGCAUAUCUGUGCUAGUGAUGCCAUAAAAGGAGAAGGAUUGCAAGAAGGUGUAGACUGGCUUCAAGAUCAGAUCCAGGCUGUGAAGACAUGAAAAGAUAGUAUUUGGAAACCUCAACAAUUUUCAAUUCAAGGAAUGUAUCUUAAGGCAAACUGAAUACUUCAAAUUUUUUAAAAGAUGUUUGUGCAUCUAAGAAUACUAAGACUUUAUAAUCUUCUGCUUGCAUUUAUGGAUUCUGAAUGAACUUUUUAAGAACAUAGGACUUCAGGUAUGCUAAUAUGACCAUUAAUUUAAAAUAUUAAAACUAAAUCUUUCCUCAGAAGGGCUCCUUCCCCAGAAUUAUCAACUUCUUGGUAAAAGUCUACAUUUGAUUGUAAUUAGAAUGUUUAAAGUCAGAUUUAUAAGCCAUCUCAGUAUCUCAUCAUGAUUUGUAAUAUCUUUAAUGCAUUUUAUUUUUUAAAUUGUCUUCUGAGAUUUAGUUUAUGAUAUAACUCUGCAGUAUGAUUGUGCUUGGAAAAAGAACUUUAAAUAUUUAUAAGGGACCAUGGGUAAUUAAUAUAUACAUAAAAUUUUUACUAUAUGUCACUGUCAAUAAAACACAAUAUGCAGUGUACCAACUAGUGUACUUUGUUUAUGCUGAAAAGAAUAACGCUGUGUUGUCAUAAUAUUUAAUGUUUUACUGUCAAGCAUUUGUAAAUUAUCUGAGACAGAAUUAAGCUGAAUUUAUCCAGUGAAUGUGUAUUGAACCUCUCUGUACCUACACUAGUCUGGCAUUGUCCUAGGCAAUGGUGAUACAAGGUAAAUAAAUCAGAUAUAUUCUUUAUCCUUAGAGAACUUAAAAAUUAAUGAGGGUGAUUUUGAGAACCUUUUCAUACAUAGUAUCGAUUUUAUUUCAUUGGCUGAAUGAAUAUCUUGAAUUUUAAGAUUAAGAGGUAUAAAAGUGAAUUAAUCUGAUUCUUCAAUAAUUAUUUUAACUGACCUCUUGUUUCUUUAAAAUGUGUCUUUGUUAAAAUAGAUUGUGGCUCAUCAAACUAUGUCUUUCCUGAGCAUAAACUGCUACAAAAAUGUUCUUUAGAAUUUUAGACACAUCUCAGUAUCUACUCUAUGCAAAUUGUGUUCUCAAAACUUAGAGACCAGUUAUAAUUGUGAACUCAGAAUGGAAGCUUUCAUUUUAAAUUAACCACUAGAAAACAGUAUAUAGAGCAGUGGUGUCAAUCCUGAAAAACAUUGGAUAUAAAGAACAACUGUAAUAUACAAUGUGUAAAACAUCUUAAAUGUCCUUCACUGUGAAAAUGAUAAAAACAGGAGGCAAGGGGCGCCUGCGUGGC